AGCUGUAUUCACAUCUAAAAGUUGACAUUUGUACUUAACGGGAGAGCAAAAUUUAUAGUGAAUAAAACAUGGUUAGCCAUCUCUAAUAGUGGUGCAUUUCAAAUAAAUGCUUGAGGUUUUCACAUUUAAAUGCUUUCUUUAUAGCUUUCAGUUAAUAAUAAAUUUUACUGUUUAAGGGCAAGCAAAUUCUGGGUAUUUUUGGCCUCUUGUAGUUGAAAAGUCGAAGGAGAAUGUCCGUUGAUAACAAUAUCACAUUUCACAGUGCAAAUUUUGCAGAUUCCAAACAUUGUGGUUAAGAUUAUGUUUUGAAAUCUCUGAAAAUGCAGGGUUCUUUUGGCAGAAUUUGGAAGAAAGCCUCUUCACGGAUGUGCUCCUUUUCAUGUGCUUUCUGCAUUUCAGUAUGGAUUCUUAUAGACAAAGGUAUUUGGGUAGUACUUUACUCCCACUUGAACUCUUGCUUCCUACAUGAGAUCAGUGUAGGCAAAGUGACCUGAUGCUUCCAUAGCGUCGUUUUUUUGACUGACUUUAUGGGCUUUCUCAUCCUCUUUUUUGCUGAGCAAGAGGUCUCAUUUUAAUAUAAAUCGUGAUUUUUAUAGUUAUAUUGCUAUUCGUAGGCUUAAUUUCUAAGUUUCUAUCCUGUUUCUAGACCCUUUUCCCCUUUGAUUACGAGACAGGUCAUUGCGGGUGUUUAGUCCCUAUGACAGAUAAACUGAGGAUGUAAUCUCUGUUAUUUAAGUGAGGGUGAUAUUUAUAGUGCAUGUGUUAUUUGCACUAAAUGUUUAUCUGCACAAGAGACGCUAAAGGAAACUAACCCUGUUCCUAAGGGUGUAAUUCUUAGAACAUAUGUAAACCUUUGCAGGUGCUUUUUUGGUUUUUGUUUUGUGUGUGUGUGUUUUUUUUUUUUUUCUUAAGUGUCUUAAAAAGAAACUUAACAAAGUGCCUACAUCUUAGACUAGGCGCCAGUCUUUAAUACCUCAUCCUGCCGUCCUGACCUGCAGGAUGUCCUCAGCUGCCCUGGGGAGCUUUCCCAGGCUCCACCUUGCAGACCUUGGUGGUCCCCGUCUUCACUAUGCUGCAUGAGUGUGUUUGUAUUAAGAGCAGUUUUACCCUGCGAACAGAACUGUAUAGAUGUUGCUAGUUAUUUGAUAAAGCAUUGGGUUUCUGACUGAAAGAAAAAAGGAUUUCCAGGUAAGGCAUAGUACUAUUACAAAGAGAUAUCCUUUAUUCUGUAAUAAUUAUACCUCACCAUCUUGCAUAAAAGUCUUUUGAGCACUACUACUUAAAAAAGAAAAGAGCAGUAAUAGUUACAAGCUAAGAUAGUUCUCGGUUUUCUAGAAACAAGUAGUUGAGAUUUCCUUUCCAACAAUACUUCUGAAGCACAGAUAAAAUGGCUUCCUGUCUUACUGUUUCCUGUAUCCAUGGCAACCUCACUUUAACCACUUAUUACUUUGUUUCCUGAGUUGAACAGUUGCAAAGCCUAGGACAAAAUACGAGAGCUCUAGUAUGUGAGAAUAUUGCUUUUAAAAAGGUUUCGCAGAUUAAUAUAGUAUGUUAAGCUGUGACUUAGCCCGGUGAACUGCAAAGCAACAAAAUAACGGAAAUAAUGAACUGCAGAUUUGGGCGAAGUCAGAGAUGAGUGAGAAGGACAAAGACAGGGAUAUGUAUGGACUACAAAGUUCUCCACCCUGCAUAGGAGCAUUCCUGUAUGUCCUUAAUUGUUUUCUUUUGUUGCUGCUCCAGAAGGAGAUUCUUGGCUGUCCAUCUGUUUGCCGACUCUGCACAGGGAGGCAAGUUAACUGUCGUAACUUAGGCCUCGCAAGCAUCCCACGGAACUUUCCAAAAAACACAAUUCUUGUAUACCUCAGUGGGAAUAAUAUAUCACAUGUGAUUCCAAAUGAAUUAACAGGCCUUCAGAAACUUGCUGCACUGUACAUGGAUAAUUCCGGUAUUUCAUAUGUACAUCCGAAAGCUUUUGUGGAACUCCAUAAGCUGUGCUACUUGCAUCUAAAUAACAAUAAUAUUAAGCGCCUGGAUCCAGGAAUAUUUGAAGGUCUUUCCAGUCUUCGCUGUUUAUACCUACAGAAUAAUCAAAUAGCUUUUGUUCCUAGAGGAUUAUUUAGUGGUCUUUUUUCAGUUAGAAUUUUAAUGCUUCAAAGGAAUCGUCUCAGUGUCCUUGGAAGUGGGACUUUUUUGGGAAUGAUAGGUCUCCAAACACUUAAUCUAGCCAAUAAUAAGAUUUCACGGAUAUCAGAUUCAGCGUUUUAUCACCUCGAACACCUUGUGUGUUUGUAUCUUGAAGGUAACAACUUAACCGUCGUGCCAUCAAAUGCCAUUGGAAUGCUCAAAAGUCUCCAACGACUCUCUUUGUCUCACAAUCCCAUUGGAUCCAUACGUCCUUUUGCCUUUAAAGGACUUAACAAGCUCAGAUAUCUGUCUUUAAAAAGUGCAAACCUAAAACAUAUUGCUAUAAAUGGAUUUUUUGGAUUAAACAACCUCAACCAGUUAAUAUUAAGUUAUAAUGAUUUAGAAAAUAUAAAUUCCAGCACUUUUACUGUGCUGCAUAAUUUAAUGUAUCUACAGCUAGACAGAAAUAAAAUAGCCAGUAUUGGUGAUGGUACCUUUGUAAAUAUGGGGCAUUCGCUUAAAAUACUAAGUUUAGCAUUUAACAAUAUUACAGAGUUGCAACCUGAAGUGCUCAAGCCCUUAGUAUCUUUAACUCACCUACAGUUAAAUUAUAACCCUUGGAACUGCAGCUGCAAAAUGCUUGGAUUACGUAAAUGGCUGGCAUCGUCUUCUGUUUCUGUAAAAAUUCAUUGUCAAAGUCCCCGCAGUAUGCGUGGUAGACCUUUACAUUAUAUUAAGUGGACUCCAUUUGCCAACUGCAGUAGCCCUGCUGCCAGUGCAGAAAACGUCUGGAAUCUAGGAUUUGUAGAUACUCAUCACAGCACUACCACUUUGCUGAUGGCAUGGCAUAAGGCAGACGGGCACAACACAUCUGAACAGUUUUUCAGUGUGGAUACUAGAUAUGUUAAUUUCUGGGAAGGAGCUACAGCAACAUCUGCUAACCCAUUGCCUUACGAAAAAUAUACUGUUGAAAAUCCAUCACAGGCAACUACGGUGGUAUCACUCUUGCCAAUGCAAAUACCAGCACAGAUUAUCCCUGUUAACACAACCAUAGAAGAAGAAAGUUCAUCUCCCUCAGAUGCAGCAUCUGUGUCAUUAAAAACAUCUCUACUUUGUGCACAGCAAGUUGAAAAGCUGAACCAGGCUUUUGACAUUUUACUAGCCUUUUUCAUUCUGGCUUGUGCUGUGAUCCUGUUCCUAACAUACAAAAUUAUUCAGUUUAGACAGAAACUGAAGGUAUUAGAAAACUCAGGGGAAAAGAGGAUAGAGUAUUAUGGUUUUUAUCAGCCUGGCAGAUACAACAUAACUGACGCAAUGCAGUCUUUAACUCAGAAUUCAGUGGGACAUUCAGAACUGGACCAAAUUAGGCUGCUCAAGCGAACAGCAUCUGAGAGUCAGGCACAGGUCAUAUUGUUUGAACAUUCAGCGUUGUAAUUUACCUCAUUUGAUUUGGUGUUGAGUUAUGGCGUUCUGAAAUGUCCAAAAAUCAGGAACUCAAUUUUCUAAAAAUUCCUUCACUCGUUAAAAUCAGCUGGUUGUAGUAUUGUGGGAAACGGCAUAAUUUUUUUCCACAUCAUCAUUCUUUUUCUAAUAAUUUUGAAAUUUAUCCACUUUGUUAGAUGUCAGUUAAAUCUGACAUGGAUAGAUAUAUUAAUCCUCUGUCCCUGUUGCAGGAAUCUUUCAUCUAUAACUCAAGUAUAUCAAAAGAUGUGCAGUAAAAAGUGUGCUUAUAUAUUUAUUUAUCUUUAUUUUGUAGUCCGUAUUGGUAUUAAGUAUCUGUAGAAAUUGCAUAGCCAACCUGAAGAUGAGCACGCAAAAUAGAUCAUCCUGUCAGGAUCGUGAAGCUAGAAAGUUGAGGUGAAUGAGCACAGAAGAUUGCUUCACGUAUUUAUUGUAAUGAGCAUUUUCUGUUCUGCCUCCUCUGGUCAUCACCGUGGGGAGGGGGGAAAACAUUCUUACAGUUAACGUAUUCAGUCUUUUGAGAAAGCAAAAAAUUUUAAAAUGAUAUAAAUUUGUUCAUGCCUAUGACCUUU